AUGUUCGCGACUUACGCUGUCUGCGUGGUAGCAGGGCUGUCUUCCGCAAUUGGGAGUGUAGUUCCCCGUAUCCGCCAGGAAAACACGUCCUCACCCACGGUGUCUUUGGACUAUGCCACCUACCAAGGUGUCAGGCUCCAAGCUGGAGUGGACCAGUAUCUGGGCAUGCGCUACGCGGCUGCACCAGUGGGCGACCUGAGAUUCCGUGGACCAAAAGACCCUAAGACAGAGUCAGGUGUCCAGGAUGCGUCGAGCUUUGGCCCUAUCUGUGUAGGAGCCGACCAGAAAGAGUCAGGGACGCGAACAGAGGACUGUCUAUUUGUGAACGUGUUCACGCCGUCAGAUGCUACUCCAAAGUCGAAGCUCCCGGUCUGGGUUUACAUCCAGGGCGGCGGAUAUGCGGUUGAUGCGCAGGCCAACUAUAACGGCACCGGUGUUGUGCUGCAUUCGGGUAUCCACAACGGCACGGAGAUGGUGUGUCAGUCGGACUACAACCUUGUCUUCGUCAACUUCAACUACCGUGUCGGCGCAUUGGGCUUCUUGGCCAGCGAGGAACUCCAGGAAGACGGCGACCUGAAUGUGGGAUUACUGGAUCAGAGGAAGCUGCUAUACUGGGUCAAGGACAAUAUUGCCAAGUUCGGAGGGGACCCAGACCACGUCGUGAUUCAUGGAUCUUCUGCUGGUGGCGGCUCAGUGGCACAUCAUCUGACCGCUUAUGAUGGCGAGGACAAAGGACUUUUCGUUGGUGGUGCACCACAGUCUCCCUUCUGGCCCACGCAACGAAACCUGAGCGAGCUGGAAUUCCAAUACAAGCGUUUCGUGGCCGACACGGGCUGUUCUAACGCAACUAAUGCUUUGGCAUGUCUUCGCUCAGCUGACCUGGCCACCAUCCAGGCGGCCAGCGUCACCCUGCCCUGGCCGGAAGCCGGCAACGACCCAAGGCCUCUCUGGUACUGGCUGCCAGUUACAACUGGACCCGGCACGCUGGUUCCCGCCAACCUUUACGACUCCUUCGAAUCAGGCAAGUUUAUCAAGGUGCCCUUACUGAUCGGUGACGACACAGACGAGGGCACCGUCUUCGCAUACAACGCCUCCACUCCGGAAGAUGUGUCACGAUUCUUCAAGAACAACUAUCCGCUCCUCGACCAAGCUGAAUUGGAUCAGGUCAAUGAGGCAUAUCCGCUUACCACUCCCCUGCCGAACCACGCAGCUUACUUCCCCUCUGCCGCAGCAGCAUACGGAGACGGCACGUUCACAUGCCCAGGGAACACAAUGGCCGAAACAAUGUCGAAGUUCUACGAGCCAGGAAAAGUGUGGAACUACCGGUACAAUGUCAUCGACCCCGGGAAUGUCGCCGCAGGCCUGGGAGUGACUCACACAUUUGAGACGGCUGCGGUGUUCGGCCCAGGCUACGUGGACAAUGUCCCGGCCAGCUAUUAUACAACCAACGCCAACAUUGUGCCUGUGGUCAUGAACUACUACAUUAGUUUCAUCAGGGCAUUGGAUCCGAAUGUCUAUAGGUAUCCGGGAACACCGGUGUGGGAGACGUGGGGGGACUUUGGAGGGGGCAGGGGAUUCAGGUUGAAGUUUGAAACGAAUGACACCGUUAUGGAAGAAGUACCGCAGCAGCUUGCCGACCGUUGCGCGUUGUGGAAGGAUUUGAGCAAUGCGAUGGAGGUAUAA